AUUCUGCUUGGACGUGUUUGCGUCGGAGUUGGAAAACAAAUCUCGGCUCAUACUGGCACGAUGGGAGGGUCGCAGAGCGUUGAGGUGCCUGGCGGGGGGACAGAAGGCUAUCAUGUCCUCAGAGUACAGGAUGGAUCGCCCGGCCAUGCGGCAGGACUGGAGGCUUUCUUUGAUUUUAUUGUUGCCAUAGGAAAUAACAGAUUGAACCAGGACAAUGACAGUUUAAAGGAACAGCUAAAGUCUAACAUGGAAAGACCUGUGAAGAUGACAGUGUAUAGCAGUAAGACCCAGGGCGUGAGAGAAGUGACCAUCACCCCCAGCCAGACCUGGGGAGGUCAAGGUCUGCUAGGGGUCAGCAUCAGGUUCUGCUCAUUUGAAGGUGCUAAUGAAAAUGUUUGGCAUGUUUUGGACAUUCAUCCAAACUCCCCUGCAGACCUGGCGGGACUCCGAGCUAACACAGAUUACAUCAUAGGGGCAGAUUCCGUUCUUCAUGAGUCUGAAGAUUUGUUCACGCUCAUUGAAUCACAUGAAGGGAAACCUCUAAAGUUAUAUGUGUACAACGCAGAUACAGAUUCCUGUAGGGAGGUUACUAUCACACCUAAUGGAGCCUGGGGUGGAGAAGGCAGCAUGGGUUGUGGAAUAGGCUAUGGAUAUUUGCAUCGCAUUCCCAAGCGUCAGUUCCCCUCCUCGAUACCCCCGGGCCAGAUGACAGCAAGCCCCCGCUGGAGGGGCGUGGUGGUUAACAGUACAGCCCCAGGAAAACAAGCAGAUGGAUUCUCAGACGUGCCUCUCAGUGCAUCCGGACAGACAUUAAGUCAAGGUAUUGGACAGAUUUCACUGAACCCAGCCUUGAGUACAGCGAGUCCCACAAUACCAGUUGUCCCUCCUUUCAACUCGACACCAGGUGGAAUGGUGACAGUGCAAGGUCUGCCGCCACCCUCCACGUUACCAAAUAUCGCAGGUCUUAAUAACUUGCCUCCUUUGCCGGCUCCCAUAUCUAUAGCAGGCUUACCCCCGAUGCCCAUGCCUCGGAUGACAAUGCCACCCUUAUCAUCCAUGAGCACAUUACCGACAACAGGAGCUGCCUUACCAGGCACAUUGCCGAUGCCCGCUAUGCCUUUACAGCUGCCCACCCCAACACCUUUACCUAACUUCUCCAUGAAUAACACAGGUGUGCCGGAGGGUUCAGGAGUAGCAGCCACUGCUGCCCCAGAAGUCACAGCAACAGCUGCCCCAGGGGUAAACGUUACCUCGCACAUCAAGGACGCAACCUCGUCCACUCCGGCGCAGACCCCAUCAGUACCCUCAAAUGCUACACCAAACACAGUUGCAGAUACAUCAUCAAAGCCCAAUUCUGCGAUAAACUCGACGACACCGGCGUCGGUUGUUGAAACGCCCCAAACAGCAGCCUCAUGAUCAACUACCCAAGAUAAUAUACACUGUGACUUUGAACCAGCUUUUGUACAAACCAAGAGGAUGUUUUUGUUUUGAGUUUUUUUGUUUGUUUU